AUGUCAACUUCAAAUAAUUGUGCGUCUAUGAAAGACAGGUUUCCAAGGAAAAGAAUAUUUUGCUCUUCUAUGAUUAUUGGAGGCUGUUCUUGUUUGUGUACAUUAUUUACAUCAACCUUUGGGGGAAAUUCAUUGCAGUGGUUGACUAUUUCUUUGGCAAUGAUUGGAAAACUAUGCGUUUCUACUGCUUUUUUUCUAAUAUAUAUAAUCACAGCUGAAAUUUUCCCCACAAUAAUACGAGCAACAGCAUUUUCCUUUUGUGACAUGGGAGGUAGAGUUGGCUCAAUAUCUUCCUCUUAUAUUGGUAAACUGGGUGUAUUGUUAGACACGAGGUUUGGUCAAGCGUUGCCACUCAUUAUAUUUGGUUCAGUUGGAACAUUAGCAGGCUUACUUGCCCUAUUUUUGCCAGAAACUGGAAAAACCAAGCUACCUGAUACAGUACAGGAAGCUAUUAACACAUCCAGGAAUAAAUGGAAUAACUAA